CAGGGCUGGUUAUUAAAAGAAAGCACGCGGGGACGCCUGCCGAACAUACCGCAGAGUAGUAGAACGACGGAGAAGUCAACCAACAGAAGAACCCAACUUUACGACUGACAGGUGACAGAAUAUGUCCAGAGCUGAUUGGUCCUUCCUGGAGCAGCUGUUGGAGGAGGGGCAGGAGUAUAGCACCGGGGUGGGCCGUGUCUGGCUCACUGUCCUCUUCCUGUUCCGCAUGCUGGUCCUGGGCACCGCCGCAGAGUCAGCCUGGGACGACGAACAGGACGACUUCGUCUGUAAUACCAAGCAACCUGGAUGUACCGCCGUGUGUUACGACAAAGCUUUCCCCAUAUCACAUUACCGCUAUUUUGUCCUUCAGGUGAUUUUUGUUUCCACGCCGACUAUUUUUUACUUCGGAUACGUGGCCAUGAGGGCUGCAAAGGAGGGAAAAAAGGAGGAAGAGGAGGAGGAGGGUGGGGCUGGUGAGGGACGAGAGAGGGGAGGAGUAAAGAAGAAGAGGGAGGUGAGAAAGGGGGAUGAGAUAGAAGAACUAGUGGAGGAGAAAGGAGGGAGAAAGGUGGUGAAAGCUCUCCCAGAGGCUCCUAAGCUGAAGGGCCGUCUCCUCUGUGCCUACGCCGCCAGCAUCCUCCUCAAGGUCCUCCUGGAGGUCGGCUUCAUCGUGGGGCUAUGGUACCUCUACGGCUUCGUGAUCCCGGCCCGGUUCGAGUGUGUCCGCGACCCCUGUCCUCACACGGUGGACUGCUUCGUCUCCAGACCCACGGAGAAGACCAUCUUCACCAUCUACACCCAGACCAUCGCUGGAGUCUCUCUCCUUCUCAACCUAGCAGAGCUCCUCUACCUCCUCCAGCUGGCCAUCACCCACCACCUAGAACAACGCUAUGCCCAGGAGCAGUACACCUUUCCUGGCAUAGCCGGGGUCCGAGUCCAGCCUGGUGCUCCAUGCCUGGAGAUGGAGAUGCAGCAAGUUUCGCCUUACCAGGAGAAGGGCCAUCUGUAUUUACCCAUGGGGGAGGCCGGCUACGCCAAGCCCAGUGAGAGUUAUCUGGACCUGGGGGAGGCCGGCAACACCAAGCCCAGUGAGAGUUAUCUGGUCCUGGGGUCCAGAGCAGGGAUGGAUCCUGGUGGUGACAUUCUCCCCAGUUAUUUGAACUGUUUGGGGGCGAUAAGGACUAAACACUCUUCAGGGAGAGCUCAUCAUAAGAAGUACAGCACACAACACACACACAGUAAGGGUGCCCAGAAGGGACACAGUAACAAACAUACUAAGCAUUAUGUAUGAGGAAACCAGAGAGACUGA